AUGUCAUACAAGAUCAAAUUCUAUGCACUGCACGGUAAUGUAGGCGUUGUUACGUGGAACAACAGCUUAUAUACGCUCGAAGAUGGCUUUGAUUUGCAAGAGAAGGUUUCUUCUGAGGUAAUAAACGUGAUAGCAAUAAACCGUGAAUCGGUGUAUGCUUUUAUCGACUACCACCAUGCCUUUGAGAUACAUAACCCCGAUCAAAUGUAUGUAUCUGAUAUUCCUGUUAAAAAUACUGUACACGCCAGUAAUUUAUGUUUUUUCUCUACUGCUGGUACUCUUGGGUUACUAAACUUUGACAAUGGCCACAUAAUAACUGAACAAUUGCAUUCAUUCAGCAAUAUGCUCAUUGUUGACUUCAUGGUCGAAUACAAAAGAGAGUUCUACGAAAUUACUCUAUUGACUAAAUCGUUCACAUACAAUUCAUACUGUUUAGUAAGAGCCAAACUAAUAAAAGAAAAUGAUAAUUGGGGGUUUCUGGUGUCUGAUAUUACUGCUUUGUUCUCACUUCAAUCAAUGCUGACGUGCAAUAUCAAUAGACGCUUACACUGCAUGACAAUAGUCAACGAAGAAAGUAGUAUCUUUUUUUAUCACAAUGGUAAACUAAAACAAUUCUCCACCAACUUCACUUUCUUUAAAAAUGACUUUGAUGGUUAUAGAAUCCAUUGCUCUAUGCUCAACAAAAAUUUGUUUGAGUUAUCUAUCUAUUCGUUAGUAAAUUGCUCCACUUUGGAAACGAAGAUCGAUUUGCAGAAACCAGAAUCCCAAACAAUACUAAACUUCAAGCAAGUGAGCGCAACCACUGAGCCUGUAACUGACAUGGCCUUCCUUAAUACACGAGAUAUAUUCCUCAUAUCCAUAAAUGAUCAACUACUACUUAUAAACACCAGAAAUAAAAGUAAGAAAGUACUGUCAUGCUCUAAGAAGAUCGGUAAUUCUGUUGUACUUGACAUGAUGGUGCAAAACGAAGAUCAAGGCAUCGCUCUGAUCACAGUUGGUAUUGAUAUGAGCACAAGGUCUGGAUAUUUCCAGAAACUGAUGCAUUCAACGUCACAUUAUCGAAUUAAAGCAUCAAAGACUAUACACUUCGAUAAUGAUAACGCAAUAGAGGCGCUCUGGAUUACACAAGCCUUUGGGUUGGUGACUUUCAGCAAAAAAUACCUACAGUACUCUAAUAGUGAAACGAGACUGAAUAACCGCCCGUACAUGAUAACUCCUAACAACUAUAUUGUUGAAAACACAAUUGACCUAAUUAGUGCAAAAGUAAUCCCUACAAGUGAAGGUAAAGAAAUAUGUUUAAUUCAUCGCUUUGGGAAUAGAAUUGACAUUUUAGAAAUUAAUUCGGAGGGCUCUCUGAUAAAUAUGAAAUCCUUCAACGAUCAAACAAUUGAGGAUAGAGCUUUAAUUUUUGGAUUGAAGGAUGAUUAUAUUUAUUACUAUUUAGACUUUGAAAUCAAAGCACUUUCGAUCUGCGAUGACACAUUAGAUACGGAAAUUCUAUGUUUAACUAAUGCCCCUAUUGUUGAUGGUAUAAUGUUGAAAAUGGCUAAUGCGGAUGCAAUAGUUGUGUCAGACGCUGUAGGGAACUUGAGUAUUAUUGACCUUGAAACCAAAAAAUUGGAACAUAUUAUUCAAUCAAAAGAUAAUGGACCUCUUCAGUUUUUGCCUUUGAACAUUAAAACAGGAAAGCUUAUAGCGUAUAAUGAAGAAUGCACCUUGAUUAUUGAUCUAGGCACAAAAGUCUUUGAAUGGAUUGACUGCAGAUUCAGAACUACUAAGUUAGUCGUCCAAGAACAUAACAAUGGUUACAAACUGUUCUAUUUGAGAGAUAAAAAUACGGUGGAUACAUUUAUAUUAGAGCCCAUGAAAAAUCAUUUGCUCGAGAUAUGCAACUUUACUGUUGAUCAAUCCCGAUACUAUCAAUGCCAGUUUAUUCCUCAAUCAAUUAUUUCAUUACCUACAACUGAGCCACAGCAUUUUGCUAUGAGUUAUGUUGAAAAUGAAGAUGCUAUAAUUACAAUCUUUGACUCAAAAAUACGGAAUCAUAUUGGAAGCUUGAGAAUAAAAGUUUCUGACAGGGCUAAUUUUGUCACUAAAUUAUUCUCGUUGAAUUCUAUGGAUCCCGAAAUUGAGAAUUUUGAAAGGAAAAAAUAUAAGGAUUUGAUGCUGGUCCAAAUAGUUGAUAUUGAAUCAAUAAAAAUAUACCUACUUGAACUUUUGAAGAAAAAAAUAAUAAAAAACCAUGGGUUUAUUAUCUUGAAUUCCCCAAUAAAUCAAAUAAGCAUAAGGCCAAACGAAAUAGAUCUUAUACUUGAUUCACAUUGUAUAAAUGUGGUAAAGAUUCUAAAAAAUGAGAAAGGGGAAUAUACGUUAAAGCCUAAAUCUACUCUUGACGUUGCCAAGAAACAAAAGAAACAGUUUACUGUAAUAAAAGAGAAUAAUGACCUGCCUCUAAUAUCUCCUAAAGUAUUCAUUCUAUCAGAUAACAUAUUAUAUGAGAAGAAUGGUAAUAAUUGCUUAGUUUUUGACGAGGUCUUCAUUUCCCAUGGGUGGUCGAAAGAACUCUACCAUAUUGACACAGAUAAAUGUAUAAAUAAGGAAUAUGCAAAGAUAGAAUUUGAUGUUAUUCUGGGGUUCAAUAAGCAGUCAGAGACUGUAACAUUACUUACAGGGUCAACAGACAAAUAUCAGUUGCUAGAGAUAUCGGCUGGUAGCAAUGUUAUUCAAGUUGCUCCUAUUGACAUAAAGGAAUCGAGAGUAGUAGCAGCUGAUUGCAGCCAUUGCCUGUUUUUGGUAAACUGUGCCUGUAAUAGGCUUUUUGUGUUAGACAUAUGGAAAGAUUUCCAUUCUCAUGAAUUUAAAUAUCAGUUAAAAAGAGUCAACAAAAACUAA